AGAGCGGCGUGGGGAAUGACAGGCGGUUGUGGGAUGUUUGUUAUGCGUUUGUGUUGAGUUCAACUCGACUUUAGCGCUCCGGUAAAACUUCCUGAGAGACAUUUAGCGGUUUGUCGGCGUGUGUUUGCGCUGUGAGCAGGGCACAGACUAUUACAAUGGAUUAGAGAGAGACAGACAGACAGACAGACAGACAGUGUGGAGAAACCCACACAGAUUCCUGCUCGCUGUGGAAUGUGUCUGUGGUUAGUGCAGGAGAUCUGAAUGUGUUUAAUAUCACACACACACACUCAAUCACAGCUCCAACAGCAUCAUGAUGAGCUCCAGCAGAGAUGCCAUGGUGUCUCCACACUCCUCCUGGGUGUGUACAUCUCACACUGAGCUCAGAGACAUCCUCAUCACACCACAGGAGGAUCUCCUCACUGAGGCUGCUCUGGAUCCUUCUGCUCUGUGUGAGCCUGUGCUCCUGGAGCGAGCGGAGGAAUCCUCGCCGUGCAUCAUCACCCUGCUGUGUCGACCCGAUUCGGGUGCCGUCAUCACCAGCCUGCAGAUCGUGAGCGAGGCGAGGACUGUCGAGGUAUACUCGCUCUCCGGAGACUACUGCGGGACAAGCCGUGGGGAAGAAGAUCCAAGAUGGCAGCAAAGCAGUGCUGAAGACAAAAGACUCUUCUACAGGAACCACUUGGUGCUGGAAUCCCCGCUCGUGUCAUGCGAACUGAAGCUUCUCUCUCUCGGCGGCCGGUCGGUCGUGGGGAUCCAUCGGGUGGUUGUAGGAUUGCGGUUCCGUCCAGGAGCAGAAGUCCAGCCUGGCCCGGCUGCUGGCAUCGACCUUCAUCGUGUCCAGGCCAUGAUGGAGGAGAUGGGCACCACCCUGUCCCCCGGCGCGCAGAGCCUCAUGGAAAUGGUGCAGUUUCAGCAGAAGAACAAAGCCGACGUCCUUGGUGGCUUCUUGCCACUGCUGAUGGGUGGUGGUGCAUUAGCGUACUGGGCUAAAGGAGCUAAAGCGGCGGGAGAUGUUGGCUCCGAUGGCGCGCCGACUCCGACUGGAACGUUCCGUGCCGACCAGAGCGGCGAAGCAGGUGGUCCGGGCGGGAACCAGAGUCCACUUAGCCCUGAUCUGCUUCCCAUGCUUGAGAGUGUGUGUGGUCAGGUUGCACGACUCCGCCUCAACAGUCCGCCCUCACCAGAGAAGAAGAUGAAUGGAGAGCGCGAGGAUCACGUUUGCUGCGCAGGUCUGGAGAAAGUUCUGGAGGAAGUGGUGGAGAAGCGUAUGCACGAUCUGGAGAACAGGUUGAAGGAGCACAUGGAUACACGCCUGGAUGCUCUUCAGCAGCGAUUAGAGCUCACGCUACAUCAACUCGCGCUCCUCACGAGCGCGCCAAUCCCGCAGUAAUCCCGCUAACCAGCGCUAGCACAGGUGGCUGAAGUGCUUUCUGAGGGCGGGAUUUGUUUCAAUAAGUUUGUUAACCUUUACGGUUUCUUCCUGAAAACUUUUAAUGGUUAUGUUACGAAGUAACGUUUCUAAUGUUCUAACGUUUCGACAGGUGAACCACAGGGUUUUAUCGAAUGUCCGUCACUUAUUCGCUCGUUUUCACUGACAGCAAUGGACGCGGCUAAUAAGUCACAUAACUCAGAAUUGACAUUACCGCCAGAGCAGCUUUCCAUCUCUAAUCCUCACUGAAAAAACAUUUCAGACCAGACCUGAAAUUUUUCUUCAUCAGAAUUUAACGAGUUUGCAGUGUCACUGAAGGAGUUGUUGUUGUUGUUUAUUAACCCAGUGAUGGCACUGAAUUCCAGGAGGCGGAACCAAAGCUGAACCGGACUCAUUCGGUUGAUUCUGUGGAAUUCUUUUGGCCGAAAGCGACGCUGUGCGGCGGCGGCGGCAGCUCCGCCUCCUGGGAUCUGACCUGAGAAAAGUUAAAUCAUACGGUAUAUUCAUGCUGUUUGAAGUGUUUUGUUCAUUAACUUUGUAUUUAAUGGUUUACAUUAAACCAACUGGAGAACUAAGGACAAAAAAAAAGAGAAUAUUAAAACAUGGUUCUAAUAA